GCAGUCGGGGUCCGGUUCCAUUGCAAAACAUUUCAGCCAUGUCUCCCCUUUCCUCCUGCCAUUCUGCUAAACGUGGACUGGAUUCACUAAAUUCACAGGGAUGGUGGGAACCCCUCAUAAUGGGCACAACAGGGGUACAGACUCAGGAACUAAGCACAGGGAUGGUGGGAACCCCUCAUAAUGGGCACAGCAGGCGUACAGACCCAGGAAUUCAGCACAGGGACGGUGGGAACCCCUCAUAAUGGGCACAGCGGGUGUACACACCCGGGAACUCAGCACAGUGAUGGUGGGAACCCCUCAUAACGGGCACAGGGGGGGAAUGUACAGACCUGGGAACUCAGCACAGGGAUGGUGGGAACCC